ACUGUGCCUUGUCUUCUAUUGUGGUUAGGAGGACCUCUGAGCACAGGGCACCCAAAGGGUGUUAAGGAGCUUCUCAGUCAUACCCUGAGCUCCUUUGGGCUGCCAGCCAAAUGGUUUGACUCCGGAGAGUCAGGGACCGAUGAUGAUGAUGAUGGCAUCCAAUUGGUUUGGUCCUGGGGAGCCAGGGACCAGCAAGGACUGAAGUCAAGGCAGCCAGUAACAACUUCUCUUCAGGGGAAUGAAGAGACAAAGGCCAGGUGAAUGGCUCUGAGACGGUUUGUCCGCAGCCAAAGAGCGUCUCUAGCCAUGGCAAGAGGACCCUCUGAAGGAAUGCAGCGUAUGGAAGUUCCCAAAGAGCCACCCCCCAGCCAGAUGGCCCAGAAACCCCCACCCCCACAUGAAGUGAAGGAUGACCCUUGCCCAUGCAACACAGACCAUGUACUGAAGCACAGUGGCAAACUGUUGAAAAGAUACACGACCACAGAGUAUAUUCAACAAUGGUAACCCAUGAAGUAGCUAAUAGUAGCAGGAAGAGAUUCUCUUUUCUGGCUCUGAAUUGGAGGACAAAAUGUUGCUGACAUCGGUGGUGCAAGACCCUUGCCAGAGCGAAUGGUGAAGAGUUAAUGACUCCAUGCAUGGGAAACCUGCCCUAGCUUGCAAUAAAAAACUCUUCCCAGUCGCAAA